CGCAUCGAGACGAAGCCUUCCAUAGAUUAUUCUCCCCAAAGUCUCUCCCUGCCUCUCCUCCCAUCCCCGCCUCGCGAUCGAACCCUCGCCCGCUUGCUUGCUUCCCUGCCUCCGCCUCCGCGCCCUCCCUCUCCCCCCGCUCCUCAUCUCGCGAUUGGCGAAUUCUAGGGUUUCGCUACGGCCACCCGGAUCCAGCUCGGCUCGGCGAGCGCCUCUAAAGCUUCGGAUCGCGCGACCGCGCUCCGCUCACUCGCUGUCCCGCUCUGCGCCGCCGCCGCCAGCGCCACGACAACGGCCAGCUGCUGUGCCUGGGGUUGGAGCCUCCGCCGCCUCUCUGUUGACCACCGUUUGUUGCUUCUGAGUGUAGCUGUUUGAAUCUGGAAGCUCAUUGUGGGUGGUUUGCGGCUGGCUAGCUGUUGCACACUAGUUUGAGGAUCUCAGAAGUGCAGGAGAUCCGGGGUGCUUUUUUACUGCAUAUUUUCUGUUUCCAUUCUAUAUUGGAACAACUUUUUGGGAUAUGGUCUGAAGUCUGGUAUCAGCACAUGAUGUGCAAACCUGAGCUCUAAAUCUGCUUGGCUUGUGAGAUCGUGACAGUGCGGAUAUUGGCAGAAUUGUCACUGUACAAGAUGUUUUGGCACGUGCCUGGACUCUCCGCUGCAUCACCUGUAGAUACUAUUUUGGACAAGGAAAAUUUUAAGUUGGAGGAUCUUCUUGAUGAGGAUGAAAUAAUCCAGGAGUGCAAAGCACUAAAUACUCGCCUAAUCAAUUUUCUGCGGGACAAAGUUCAAGUGGAGCAACUGCUUCGUUACAUUGUGGAGGAGGCAUCUGAAGAUGCAGAAAAGAAAAGGAUAUUUAGAUUUCCAUUCAUAGCUUGUGAAAUAUUCACAUGUGAAGUGGAUGUCAUCAUGAAGACAUUAGUGGAGGAUGAAGAUCUUAUGAAUUUACUGUUCUCUUUCCUUAAACCUGACCACCCUCAUGGGACAUUAUCAGCGGGUUACUUUGCCAAGGUAGUGAUUUGCUUGAUGAUGAGGAAGACACUCCCACUAGUUAGUUACGUGCAGGGUCAUCCUGAAAUAGUUAGCCAACUUGUUGAUCUUAUUGGGAUUACUUCUAUCAUGGAGGUCUUGAUUCGCUUAAUAGGUGCUGAUGAAACUAUGUAUUCAAGUUAUGCGGAUUCUAUGCAAUGGUUAGAUGACAUAAAAGUCCUUGAGAUGAUUGUUGACAAGUUCAGCACAUCAGAUUGUCCUGAGGUUCAUGCAAAUGCCGCUGAAAUUCUCUGUGCAGUAACAAGAUACGCCCCUCCAGCGCUUGCUGCAAAGAUUUCCAGUCCAAGCUUUGUGGGGAGAUUAUUUCAACAUGCUUUUGAAGAUUCAAGGCCUAAAUCGGUGCUGGUCCACUCAUUGUCAGUGUGUAUAUCUUUGUUAGAUCCUAAGAGACUUGUAUCGGCUUCCUACCAGGCUUUUCGUAGUCAGCUGAGCCAUGGAACACUGGUUACCGCAAGUCCAGAAACAGUAAAUGGGAUGCUGGACAGCCUAGGUGACUUGUUGAAGCUGCUGGAUGUUUCGUCUGCUGAAAAUGUUCUGCCAACAACUUAUGGAAGCUUACAACCUCCUCUUGGGAAACAUCGCUUGAAGAUUGUCGAGUUCAUCUCUGUUUUACUGUCAAUUGGUAGUGAGGCUGCUGAAACACGACUGAUCCAUCUAGGAGCAAUCAAGAGUGCUAUAGAUCUAUUUUUUGAGUACCCAUUUAACAACUUUUUGCAUCACCAUGUGGAGAACAUCAUCGGGUCCUGUCUGGAGAGUAAGCAGGAUCGACUGAUUGGCCAUGUCCUUGAUGUGUGUAACCUUGUUACAAGAAUUCUGGAAGCAGAGAAGAACUCUGCUCUGUCAACAAAUUUAACGAAGCAUACAUUAUCUGCAGAGGGAAGAUCUCCACCGAGGAUAGGAAUUGUUGGUCAUAUGACACGCAUAGCUAACAAACUCCUUCAGCUGGCCAAUACCAACACCAUGGUCCAGUCACAUUUGCAGCAAAAUUCUGAUUGGAUCGAGUGGCAUGCCAGUAUCCUAACAAAGCGUAAUGUAUUAGAAAAUGUUUACCAGUGGGCUUGUGGUCGACCGACAUCACUGCAGGAUCGUGGUAGGGACAGUGAUGAUGAAGACUUCCGAGAUAGGGACUAUGAUGUGGCGGCACUUGCUAGUAAUUUAAGCCAGGCAUUUAAAUAUGGUAUUUACAGUAAUGAGGAUAUUGAUGAGACUCAAGCAUCACUUGAGCGGGAUGAUGAGGAUGUAUAUUUUGAUGAUGAAUCUGCGGAGGUUGUAAUAUCCUCUCUUCGCCUUGGAGACGAACAAGACAGUAGCUCGCUCUUUACAAAUUCCAAUUGGUUUGCGUUUGAUGAGGACAAAGCAUUGAAUGAUGUUUCAGUUAGCUCAGAAGCUUCCCCAUCCCCAAAUUCUGACAUAUCCGCACCCAAACUGGAUGAUGGGAAUGAUGAAGUAAUUCUUGGUGAAGUUAUAGAUGACACAAAAGGCUCUGAACCAUCUUUACCAGAUACAAAAGUUUCUGAGCCACCUUUACCAGUCUCCAACAAGGACACAAAUAAAGAGUCUGGCCAGACAGUCCUUGCAAAUGGUACCAUCAACAAGUUGGAAGACGACAUCAGACCACCAACUCCUGAUGUAAAAGAGAGUCAACCUGAGUGUGUUGAAUGGAGGGAGGAAGAAGCUGAACCUGGUGGUGUUGCUGAGAAUGAUACCACAGCUCCUGUUUUUGGGCUUGAAAAUGAGAAGCAGCUGGAUUCAAUGAAUGGUGUCGUGUGUGAGGCCAAAUUAGGAGAGGAAAAGGUGGGUGAUAAUGUCAUGCCUUGUGAGGCCAAAUUAGGAGUGGAAAACGAGAGGGCUAUUUCGUCUGAACCUUCAGCGCCUGAUGCCACAGCAGAAGCAGCAGUACCAGUUUCAUCUGAUGUUGAUUCAAUGAAGCAUCUUGAACCAGUUUGUGACAGCACAUGAUGGUGGAUGGCAUAUAAUGAUGGUUGAUGGAUAUGCAGGCAGGAUUAGGAACUGGUCAACGAUCAUAUGUGGAUUUUUUAUUCUACACAAUUUGCCUAGGGUGGUCCCCGACAUGCGAUAGAGCCUCAAAGAUUCAACUGUUUGAUGGAGCUGCUUAUGUUUGAUCUGCAACAUAAUUUGUUGGAGGUUCGUUGCUGUGUGUGCCUGUGUAAAUGCUGGCAGUCUGUGGGCUACAUACGAGGCACAAAAUUCUUAAAGUAGUCAGCCUUUUUCUUUCUCGAACGCAUAGUAAGGUUCUGUUUGUGUCACCCUGGUAAAUAAUUGAUAGGUGAAUAGGUUAUCUGGUCCGGAUGCGUGUCCUGUACUAUAGUUGGUGCUAUUUGUACGAAAAUUUUGACUCGAAUGCAGUCAGUUGAUUGUUGUCAUAUUCAGAAUUUGUUCGAAA